CCCGGACCUGACCUCAGCCCACCGUCAGAACCUCAGCCAGCGGAGCUUUCCCACCGUCCUAGGCCAGUUGACUCUCUAUGGAGAUGAAGUUCGACCCUUCGGGGUCUGAUGGAAAUUCACUGUGACAUUCCAACCAAGAGAACGUGCUGAAGCCCACCGAGCCCUCUCCCCAUGGGCCCUGAUGGUAGCCCCCCGAAGGUGCAGCCUCAGCUGGUCUCCCUUCUUCUCUGUCAAGAGUAAACUUUGGGUCUGGGAUCGCAGCGCCACCUGUGGAGAAAAUGGUAUGCGAGGGAAAGCGCUCAGCCUCUUGCCCUUGUUUCUUCCUCCUGACGGCCAAGUUCUACUGGAUCCUCACCAUGAUGCAAAGAACACACAGUCAGGAGUAUGCCCAUUCCAUACGCUUGGAUGGGGACAUCAUUUUGGGGGGUCUGUUCCCAGUCCACGCCAAGGGGGAGAGGGGCGUGCCUUGUGGGGAGCUCAAGAAGGAAAAGGGGAUCCACCGGCUUGAGGCCAUGCUUUAUGCAAUCGACCAGAUUAAUAAGGACCCGGAGCUCCUGUCCAAUAUCACGCUGGGUGUCCGGAUCCUUGACACGUGCUCCCGGGACACCUACGCGUUGGAGCAGUCGCUGACCUUCGUGCAGGCCUUGAUCGAGAAAGAUGCUUUUGACGUGAAGUGUGCUAAUGGAGACCCACCCAUUUUCACCAAGCCCGACAAGAUUUCUGGCGUCAUCGGUGCUGCAGCCAGCUCCGUGUCCAUCAUGGUUGCUAACAUUCUAAGACUUUUUAAGAUACCUCAGAUCAGCUAUGCAUCCACAGCCCCCGAACUCAGUGACAACACCAGGUAUGACUUUUUCUCCCGGGUCGUCCCACCGGACUCCUAUCAAGCACAGGCCAUGGUGGACAUUGUGACAGCGCUGGGCUGGAAUUACGUGUCGACGCUGGCUUCUGAGGGGAACUACGGGGAGAGUGGCGUGGAGGCCUUCACCCACAUCUCCAGGGAGAUCGGUGGUGUUUGUAUUGCUCAGUCGCAGAAGAUCCCACGUGAACCGAGACCUGGAGAAUUUGAAAAAAUCAUCAAACGCCUGCUAGAAACACCUAAUGCUCGGGCAGUGAUUAUGUUUGCCAAUGAGGAUGACAUCAGGAGGAUAUUGGAAGCAGCAAAAAAAUUAAACCAAAGUGGGCAUUUUCUCUGGAUCGGCUCAGACAGUUGGGGAUCCAAAAUUGCACCCGUCUACCAGCAGGAGGCGAUUGCAGAAGGGGCUGUGACAAUUUUGCCUAAAAGAGCAUCCAUUGAUGGAUUUGAUCGAUACUUUAGAAGCCGCACCCUUGCCAAUAAUCGAAGAAAUGUGUGGUUCGCGGAAUUUUGGGAGGAGAAUUUUGGAUGCAAGUUAGGAUCGCAUGGAAAAAGGAACAGCCAUAUAAAGAAAUGCACAGGACUGGAGCGCAUUGCCCGGGAUUCAUCUUACGAACAGGAAGGGAAGGUGCAAUUUGUAAUCGAUGCGGUAUAUUCCAUGGCUUAUGCCCUGCACAAUCUGCACAAGGACCUCUGCCCUGGGUACAUUGGCCUGUGCCCACGGAUGAGCACCAUCGAUGGGAAAGAGCUGCUUGGUUACAUUCGGGCCGUCAAUUUCAAUGGUAGUGCUGGAACACCUGUUACGUUUAAUGAGAAUGGAGAUGCUCCUGGACGUUAUGAUAUCUUCCAGUAUCAAAUAACCAACAAAAGUCCAGAGUACAAAAUCAUCGGGCACUGGACCAAUCAGCUCCAUCUAAAAGUGGAAGACAUGCAGUGGGCGAAGAGAGAGCACGUUCAGCCGGCUUCUGUCUGCAGCUUGCCGUGUAAACCAGGGGAGAGGAAGAAGAAGGUGAAAGGGGUCCCUUGCUGCUGGCAUUGCGAGCGCUGCGAAGGUUACAACUACCAGGUGGACGAGCUCUCCUGUGAACUUUGCCCGUUGGACCAAAGACCCAACGUCAACCGCACCGGCUGCCAGCUUAUCCCGAUCAUCAAGCUGGAGUGGCAUUCCCCCUGGGCCGUGGUGCCUGUGUUCAUUGCAAUCUUGGGCAUCAUCGCCACCACCUUGGUGAUCGUGACCUUCGUCCGCUAUAACGACACACCUAUUGUGAGAGCUUCCGGACGUGAGCUCAGCUACGUGCUGCUCACGGGGAUUUUUCUCUGUUAUUCGAUCACCUUUUUAAUGAUUGCCGCGCCAGAUACAGUCACCUGCUCCUUCCGACGGAUCUUCCUGGGACUUGGCAUGUGCUUCAGCUAUGCAGCCCUGCUCACCAAAACCAACCGAAUCCACCGAAUAUUUGAGCAGGGCAAGAAAUCCGUCACAGCGCCCAAGUUCAUUAGUCCAGCGUCCCAGCUGGUGAUCACCUUCAGCCUCAUCUCCAUACAGCUCCUGGGGGUCUUUGUCUGGUUUGUGGUCGACCCCCCCCACAUCAUCAUUGACUAUGGAGAGCAGCGGACACUGGACCCGGAGCACGCUCGGGGAGUGCUCAAGUGUGACAUUUCCGACCUCUCGCUCAUUUGUUCCCUCGGGUACAGCAUCCUCUUGAUGGUCACUUGUACUGUGUAUGCCAUCAAAACAAGAGGUGUCCCAGAGACGUUCAACGAAGCCAAACCGAUUGGAUUUACCAUGUACACCACCUGCAUCAUUUGGUUAGCUUUCAUCCCCAUCUUCUUUGGCACAGCCCAGUCAGCAGAAAAGAUGUACAUCCAGACAACAACACUCACUGUCUCCAUGAGUUUAAGUGCUUCAGUGUCUCUGGGCAUGCUCUAUAUGCCCAAGGUUUAUAUUAUAAUUUUUCAUCCAGAGCAGAACGUUCAGAAACGCAAGAGGAGCUUCAAGGCCGUGGUGACAGCAGCCACCAUGCAAAGCAAACUGAUCCCCAAAGGAAACGACAGACCAAAUGGCGAGGUGCAGAGUGAACUCUGUGAGAGUCUUGAAACCAACAGUAAGUCGCCUGUAGACUUUCCAAUGGUCAAGAGCGGGAGCGCUUCCUAACAGAUCUUCCUCUACCAAGACUACAUAUAUCAGCUACAGCAAUCAUUCGAUCUGAAACGGGGACAUGAUACAACCUGAAGAAACGUGGCAUGUGAUCUUCAACAGAGCACACCACCAGGAACUGGCGAUCUCUGUAGACUACAGUCAAUCAAAUCACUCGUCAGUCUCUUAAGGAACAAAAUUCAGCCACGAGCCGAAAAGUACCAAUAACGGGUAUUGAAGAAACCUGUUUUAUAAAAUACAGCCAAUGAGUGUAAAGCUUAAGUAUGGCUUACCUCAUGAGAAGUUUAAAAAAAAAAUCAAAAAAGGAAACCUAAUGUUAGCUUGUGAAAAAAAAAUGCUGUUGAAAUAAACCAUGUCUGAUGUUAUUCUUGUAAGUAUUUUUUCUGUGACCGUGAGAACCCCCAUACCUGUCCCACAUUGUUCAACUUGUAAAGACUAUGAGUCUGUUUCUUGUAAUGGCUGACUGGAUUGAAGCCCUGGGUUGUGCUAAAAAUAAAUGCCAUGGUUGAC